AAAAUAAGAAACUGUUUACUAUUAUAUUUUUGUAUACAUGUUUAAAUUUUUCCUCUAACCAGUCUGAUUCAUUCUUUGUCAUGCGCAAAGGGCUAAGUUAUCUACAAACCGGUCGUGCAACGAAAAUUAAAAAAUUCGUUAUUUUUUUAUGGCUUCUCAAGCGAGGGGAGGAAUUUAGAAAACGGCGUCUAGGGGUUGCUUGGGCUUGUACGGUCGCUUCGCGCUUGCGCGCGUAGUUCGCGCCACUGCUACGUCGCUUGCUAGCCAGAUGUUCUGAAAAGCUUCCUGUCGUCGUUUGAUAUCUCUGCAUUUUUAACUUGUUAAAAUAUUAUAAAAUGUGGACUAGGGACCUAAUUUUAUAUCUUUUACUAGUGAUUUAUUAGAUGUGUAAAUUGAUUAUGUGUUUUUGUAAAGUGUGACAAUUAACUGAAAGUUAUCGGGCGUCUCGAUAUCCACGAGUUCACUCGAGAGACGAAACCAACAAAGCGGCGGACAUUUUAUUUUGAGUACUCGAUAAUGUAGCGUUUGCGUCGAAAACAUUAAAUGUCGUUUUAUGGUUCUGUAUUCGAAUAUCGUUCGCUUACACCUUUUCGAUGCCGAGGGGGGUGAAGCGAGGGCAGGCGGAGGGCGAAGCUGAGGUGGUGGUACGCGUCGGGGCGUCUCCGUCGCAGACCACGCUCCUGGAUGACAGCCCGAGCCAGCCUAUCAGCUAUCACCUGCUAGAUCAUGGAUAUGGAGCCACGCCACAGCAUCAGAUACGGCGGGAGGCGCCCUCCGCACCGCCGAAGACUUCAGAAACGGUGAAACGGAGACUCAACCUUAGCGAAAGCAGUUCAGGAAGUCAGGGGCAUGUGGUGCCCAUGAAGGCGGACUUCAAGACACCCAAACAGAAACGAGUGAAGGUCCUCACGCCGUAUAGUCGCCCGUCCAGUUCUAUGAAAAAAUACACAGAACGCUCCAGGUUUGACACAUCAUUAGGUUUAUUAACAAAAAAGUUCGUAGCUCUGCUCAAGUCAUCGCCUAACGGAGUUUUAGAUCUGAACGUUGCGGCGGAAUACCUCUCGGUACAAAAACGUCGUAUCUACGAUAUAACAAAUGUGCUCGAGGGCAUUGGGAUUUUAGAAAAAAGAUCGAAAAACAAUAUACAAUGGAAAUGCGGUAUAGGCGCAGAAGGGUUAGGCGAAGAAAACCGCGUGCGUCGAUUGCGACGGCAAGUGGACGCUCUUGGUGUGAGAGAAGCGCGGGUGUGUCGAGCGUUGGCAGUGGCCGACCACGCCCUCAACCGUCUAUCGGAGGAGCAUGGCCAAAGGGCGUAUAUAACGUACGCGGACCUCCGCUCUAUACGCGAGUUUAAGAAUCAAACCGUUAUACCUAUAAAGGCGCCGGCGGAUAGCAAGCUUAAUGUCCCUCAUCCGGAUGAGGAGAAUGGCUACUCCAUCCACCUGAAGUCCUAUUCUGGAGAGAUUGAGGUGUACCUCUGUUCCAAGGAGCGGUCUUCAUCGUCAUCCCCGGUAAUACUACCAGCGGACCCGUUACUUGAGGAUAACAAGGCGUUACUCGCGCCCCUCGUCGCCCAAAUGCAAGCGAUGCCUUCAAGCUCUAUAAGCGCUAGUUUUACAACUCCAAUUAAGCGUGAGCCGGACAGCGACGAUGAUCAGGCGUGCAUGUCCCGCAGCCUUCCCGUACAAUCGCCCUGCGUCACGGAUCCCACUCUCCCAUUGCAUUCGAGGGCGUAUACGACGACUGUCGAUCUGCCUGCUGAUCAUUCCGGAGCCCGAGGCAGAUUGCGAAACGCUUUGAUCUCAGACAGCGACUUCGCCCCUAUGUUAGGUGGAGGACGGCAAUUGCUUCACAAUGAAGAGACGGAGCCGAUGGAGUUGGAGCCAUUCCUGGCCUUGGAGCCGCCGAUGUCGGCGACAGAUUACGGCUUCUGUCUCGAUCACGACGAAGGUCUCUCGGAGCUGUUUGACUUUGAAUUCUAGGCCCUUUCGAAGACACAAUCCCCGAUCUAUCUUCGAGACCUGACACUUUGUAUGCAAAAAUCACUUUCAGCUCUCGAAGCUGGAUUAUGGCUUGAGUCACGAAACGGGCGGUGUUUGUGUCACGUGUAAAUAUUGAACUAUUUUUACCCGGAUCGACGAAAAAGUUUCUACUUUUUUACCAUUGUAAUUUACGGGAUAGUUGUGAACUCUUGGAGUACCUCAAUCAGAAUCAACGAGUGUUUGCGGUUCGAAUGGGAAUGUAAACGCGCGGUCGUUUGUCGCACGUGGAGCAAUAAUUUCGAGCUAUUACGGAAGGAGGUCAAAGCCAAUAGUCAAAAGAUGAAAUCAAUUUAUUCCAAGUAUUGAUAAACCGCUCAAUGGCGAUUAUUCUAAACUCAACUUUUAUAAUUUUUAUUUUUCUAAAAUAUGUAAAUAAAAUUAUAUGUUUUUUUUGUAAUGUUUAAGUUUGCUCUGUUAACAAUAUGUGUAUUGGUGGAAUACAUAUCUGCGCUAAUAUUCAAAUCGUUCGACCUUUUUCUUAAAGUUCUUCUUUAAAACAUCUUCCGAUAGCGCUUCUGUAUUCAAUAUAGUUACCCACUUUCGAUAUUUUCAAUUGUAGAUGUGGGACAAAAUCUACAUAUUGAAGUCGCUAUUGGAAGUUAUAGAGUACCGCCGCAGGUCAAGUGUCCGUGUAGAUGAGGCCACGAGCGUGUACGUUCCCUUCCGCGGCCGCACUGUACAUAGUCUCGCUCAAAUCGGCCGCGGCAUGUACAUAUAAAGUAAUGAACGGUGAUAUCUUAGCGGCCUUCGAAUUUUACUUGUAAAGCUAGAAUAGGACCCGUCAAUGCUACGUUUGUUUCCAUGAUAUGGGACGCACCCGUUGCACGUAAUACGCUCGAGACGUGCGACUUUCAUUUCAUAACAGAAUUUAUCUUCGACUGACUUACAGAAAGAAUACUUAGGGUAAGAUUGAGAGUCGAGAAUUAUGUACUCACGUAUGCCAAAAUCUAAGUCUCACUUACCGAUUAGUCAAAUUGGACUUAAAAUAUGGGAGUCGUACUUGGGACUAAGCUUUGAUUCUGAAUCUCACCCUUAGUCGUAUAUGUAGGUAUUUAUUAAUUGAUUUUUGUUUUUUUUUUAAUUCAAAAAUAGGCAUUUGAUGCUAGAAUAUGUGAGUAAAGGGUCUAUUUUGGUAUGACAUGUAAAUAUGACGGGUCGUUAAGUUUAAAUACAAAAGUAUAUUGAGCCCAAUAAAAAACUAUUCGUAAUCUCGCAACAGGUGCGUCUCACUUCAAAAUAUAAGCCACACGCGACUAUUGUUUGCCAAAUAUUUAGUUAACAUUUCGGUUAUGUUAAGCUUCACGUUUAGUUGUCACUGUAAAUACGGGCGGGGCGGGGUCGUCGCAUAGUUUAUUAUUUCAAGUAUCAUUUGUAGUACAAAAUGUAAAAAACUGAAACCGUCUCGUAAUGUUAGUGCAUUCGACAUUGUUGCGAAUAUAAGGUUUAUUUUGUCUGUUUGUCCCUCACAAAAGAGAAAAGCAAAAUAAGCUUAUGAGUUCUUCAGUAUUAAUGUUUGUAGUAAUUGUUGAAUAUAGCAGUUAUUAUACCUUCAUAAUCAAUGCAGCGAUAUAGCGUCAAGGUACGUGAAAUGAAGUUUUUAUUUUUAUAAUAUUAGGGUUGAUGUUUAGGAUUCCCUAAAGCUAAAGAAAGUAUAAGCGCUACUCAAGCAGAUAAACAAACAAAAUUUGAUUUAUUAUGGCUCUAUUGAAAUCUUCCGGUCUUAUAUUCGCAACGUUGUUAUCGUGCGACGCCCUCACUCCGAUUAGUGUACAGCACAAAAUUGUAAAAACUUAUAAAUAAGUGCAUAUCAAAAUAAAAUAUUUUAGCGUUAAAUGCACGUGCGUAUGUUGAAUGGGUGAAGGCGAUCAUGGGACCUGUGCCGCUAUUCUGUUACUUCCAAUAGCGAUUGUGAUACCGAAGUUGUUAAUGCAAUUGAAUUAUCAAAACUCUAGUAUGAUGUCGCAAAUUUGGAAUUGCGCUGUCCAAGAGUUAAAGAGGAUAGCAAUCGUUAUGGCUGUUGGGAUUAACAGAGUAGCGGCGCUGCUGGUAAUUGAACUUUUAGCUAUCUCUAAGCUCGCUAUGUUAAGCCAUGAAGUCUUGUUUGUGGGUAUACGAAUUCUGAUGAACAAAUACUAUUAAAUAAAUAGAUAUUGCUAUAUAGACUUAAAAAGGUCAUUGAAACCGAAAUUGGAGACUAACUAACAUUUGGGAUAAGACGCGUUGUUAUUUGCGUUAAAUACGUAUUGUAUUUAGAGAGAACAUCAGAAUUACUUUCAUUAAAAAAAACUGAGAAAUGUUGGCUUUGCAUAGCAAUCUUUGGUGAUGAAAAAGGUUGUUUUAUUUUCCCUUCAGAGAGGACUAAAUAUUGCUAGGCCUUAUAAGUUGACGUCGAACGAAAAUCGUAUUUCGCGAUAUAUAUUUGUAAGGGCAAGAAAAUUCGCUUCGAAGUCAACAAUAAGCCGCCUGUAAGAGAUUUCGUUAGAUUUUGUUGCGAUGUUACGUUUUGGUUCCGAGUCCCGCCAGACACUUUGUUAAAUCGUUUGUCUUCAUUAAUAACUAAUUAAAUAAGUAAUGAAUUUCCACUAUUGUAUAUUUUCCUUAAAUUAGUUUAAAAUUCAUUAAUUUUAUUUAUGAAAAAUUCGAAUUGUAAUAGCAAAGAUUUCGUUUAGAUUUUAUUGUUGUUUUAAAAUAUUAAGUGAUCGAGUAAUGGUGAGGUCACGUAUGCGAUUUAUUAUACUUUUAAUUUUUAAUUUUGUUGAGGAGUUGGGAGAUAUUAUUUUAUCGUAGGAUUUUUGCAAAUCGUUUGUGACACAUAUUCAGGGGCCAACGAUACGAAAAAGGAAGUACAAAUUAAUUUUUUUUUGUAUUCUAAUACUAUCUAAUUGGUAUCACAUUGUAUUAUUUAUUACUUUCACUGUCUUCUGUUGAUUUGGAUUAUUUUUGAUCAGUCGGAGCAGAAAUAUUAAAGAAAUUGAUCAAAUAUGCGCCACAAUGUUAUGAGGAUCAAUUAGAAAAAAAAAUUAUAAUAUAAAAAACUUUCAAAGCCUAAAAGUCAAUCAAAUUUAAGAGCUGCUGAAAUUUGUCUUCGAAAUCUCUUUUUCUGUAGCUUUUAAAUUUGAAUGACCUGCUGACUUUGAGAAAAAUAGCUUCGUCUCGAUUGAGAAAAAGUAACAUAUAAAACGCACAUAAUCAGUUAACAAUUGGAAAAUACUGAUAUAAUUUUGUAUAGAAAGAAGUCUUGGAAUAUAAAUAGAGCCAUACGAGUUCUACGUACAUUCAAGUACUUCAAAUAGUGAUUGGUUCCGUAUAGCUCGAACGCGCACCUAUGAACCAUUGAAUCAAAACUUUGAUUUUGAAGUGGUUAAUAUUGAGAUUAGUAUAUUUCGAACGAUAUGUUUGGAGGCAAAUUUUGAAUUGUCUGUUGAUGCACUUAUGUGCGAACCUGUGCCUGGUUGUAAAACCGAUUGUCAAGGACCUCAUACGUUACGCUUAUCUAGGAUGUAUAAACAGUUCAUUGAACUUUCCGUCUGCAAUUAACUGGCAGAGAAUAAACAAAACAACGAUUUCUUGUGAGAAAUGCGUCGUGUUGACGUUCCACAGGGUCCUAAUGUACAUUCGAUUUGAUAGUAACUGUUUGUUCUAGAUGAUUACUAGCAAUUAUUUCUAUGGUUUAAAUGUAAACAUAGGCGUGCGCGCAUUGUCGAAUUGAGAAUGAACAGUUAUUAUACAAGUCGUUAGUUUGUAACAGUUCGAUUUUGUUUACGUCUGACGCGGGAUUAUCAAUUUGUAUAGUUUUGUUCACUGUCACAAUGUGUACUUAUUUCUACUUCCAAAAAGCCUAUCAAAUGGUAUUUAGUUAACUCGCUUAGUGAUGAAAAUUUUUGGAUGGUAUGUUUUUGUGUAUAAUUUUAUCUGGUUUAUAAAUGGUGCAAUGUUAUACUGUAUUUAUGGAGUGCUUGUGAGAUGUGUCGUGAGACUGAUCCGGUCGGUUUUUGUGUUGGAAGACUGAGGUUGAUUAUUCCAGUAUCAAACGUGCGAGUUAUUUGUUGAUUGAAUUUAAAUAUAAAGUCAUAUAUAUAGUUAGGUUAUAUUUUUUAAUAAAUAUAAUAUUGAGAUAUGUAAUAUA